CAUUAUAGACGUUCUGGUUUGUUUUUGACAUCUUUAAAUCUAACGUGAAAAUUAACAUUUUUCAUUUAAACAGUCUAAAUUUUGUACACUAUCUAUGUCUUCAUCGUCAAGUGAUGAGCAUUCAGAAUGUUUUGACUACAAUAAUAUAACUCCUUGGCCGAUGCAACCAUUGGUAUAUUAUACAAAUGUGCCGUACCGUGAGAAACCUAAAAGUGGUGAGAAAAAGCGUAACCCAAAUUGCUUUGUCAAAGCAUUCCGGUGGUAUACACAGGUGAAUGGAUAUUUACGCGAAUUACGCCUACCUUAAAGUUUUCACUGCUUCUGUUGAUGAAGUUGAACGUUGUCCGAAAAAGACAGACUCGAUGAGCACAAAUGCACCGGAAAUAAAGGGUUUUGCGAUGUGGUUAGAUCAGAAAUAUCACGAAUUUAUCCACGAUGGAGGUGGACGUUCAAAGUACACAUUGAAGAAGACUUCGACGCUGGAGUUCGAAACUAAAUCUAACAAAUUUCCGUGCGACUCUUGCGGAGCGAAAAAGUUCAAGAGACCAAAAAGUCCUAGGAAAAGGCAUAGAAGGCUCACGAAUAGCAAAGGCAAUACUUUAAGAUCCAAUAAAAGCUUUGAAAUACUGCUCCAUCCUAAACAUACGGUAUCUCGAACAGCUUCGGAGUCCUGCCAAAGAGGUUACUCGUGUUGUUCACUAACACAGAAAGCAAAACGUAAAUCGCAGAGUCUCACAAGCGUUCUGCUUGAAAGGGAAGUGUAUCAAAUUCCUUACGAUGAAGUUGAUGAUAGGGAUGAGGUGAAGAAAAUCCUUGCUACCAUUGUUGAUCCCACUCACGGCAAGGAAUUACAAAAUACCGCUAAAAGUUCAAAAGCGAGACGUGGUGAUUCGAAGAAGAACAUUUCCUGCCAAUGCAUAAACGAAAGUGUCACAUUUGACGCCAGCUGUCAAUGUCCCACAAUCAGAGCUAAAGUCACAAGUCAAAGCAAAUUGGCAAUAUUUGAAAAGGCGGAUCCAGAGAAACUGAAAAAUGAUGGUCAGAGUGAAGUUGGAAAUGCGUCUCCUAAACCAAUACAGCCGUUUAAGUCGGGAAAUGUAUCUGCAUUCACACUUGGAACUCAGACAUGUGAUAAUCCUAUACAAUUGGCGAGAAAAUGGUCUGCAGUCCCCACGCUAGGUCCAAUGCGUAUUGCAUUCAUCCAUAGAAUACAAUAUGUCAAUGCAUUCAUCAUCUAUUCGCUAGCUUUUCGGUGAAGCCCGCCGCCCAAUACCCAUUGUUAAUGAGGAUAACAUGCCCGGACAGAUUACAAUAAAAAAAUGGCAAUUAAAAAAUAAUACUUUA